AUGCCUACCAAGUCUUCCGCUUUCAUUCAUGUUGUUAGGAGAUUAAGUUCUUACUGGAGUAAUGUGAAACUUGGACCUCCAGACGCGAUCUUAGGUAUUACAGAAGCUUAUAAUCGUGAUACAAAUCCAAAGAAGAUUAAUCUAGGAGCUGGUGCCUACCGAGAUGAUGAUGGAAAACCGUUUGUUUUACCCCAAAAUUUAAACAAAGAAUAUGCUCCAAUCAGUGGAAUUCCUCAAUUUUGUGAUCUAUCUGCUAAGCUUGCAUUAACUGAACAAUCUCCUAGAUUAAAGGAACAUUUGAAUGCUACUGUACAAACUAUAUCUGGAACUGGAGCUCUGAGAAUUGGUGGAGCUUUUGUGAGUGAAUUUGCUGAAAAAAAGCAUAUUUGGAUGCCGACACCCACUUGGGGCAAUCAUAAAGCUAUUUUUACACAGAGUGGAUUAAAUGUUCAUCAAUAUCGUUAUUAUGAUAAUAAAACGUGUGGUUUCGAUCUAGAUGGUUGUUUAUCUGACUUGAUGAAUAUUCCUAAAGGACACUUUGUCCUACUACAUGCAUGUGCACAUAAUCCAACAGGAGUAGAUCCAUCAUUUAGUCAAUGGGAAAAAAUUGGAGAUAUUUUAAAAUCUCAUGAUUUAAUUCCAUUUUUCGAUUUUGCUUAUCAGGGAUUCGCUUCAGGUGAUAUUGAUAAUGAUGCAAAAGCACUUCGUUAUUUUGCUAAUGAAUUAAACUUUUCAACUAUGUUAAUUACACAAAGUUAUGCUAAAAAUAUGGGAUUAUAUGGUGAACGUGUUGGAGCAUUCACUUUACUAUGUUCAUCAGAAGAAGAAGCUGAACGUUGUCUAUCACAGAUCAAGAUAAUUAUUCGACCAAUGUAUAGUAAUCCACCAAUUCAUGGUGCUCAUAUAGUUACUGAAUUACUGUCGAAUUUAGAUUUACGUCGAAAAUGGCUGAUUGAUGUGAAAACUAUGGCUGACCGUAUUAUCACAAUGCGUAAGAGCUUAAAAGACAAUCUAACCAAAUUGGGAUCGAAACGUGAUUGGUCACAUAUCACUAAUCAAAUUGGAAUGUUCUGCUUUUCCGGACUGAAUUCACAACAGGUUGAAAAACUCAUCAACGAGUAUUCAAUCUAUUUAACUAAAGAUGGACGUAUCAGUGUAGCUGGAUUAUCAUCGAAGAAUGUAGAAUAUCUGGCUUAUGCAAUACAUCAAGUUACUAAAUGA